AUGUCAAGAAGAGGCUUACGAGAUGAAGAAAUCGAACGAUUAUUGUGUGAAAUUCCAUCAGACGAGGAUUCCACUGUUGACACCACAGAUGACGAAUCUGAUUAUGAAGCAAGCAUUGUUGCGGAGGCUAUUGUGUCGUCUGAAGGCGAAGUUUCAGAGAGCGAGGAAGAAAGUGAGUCCACUCCGCCAAAACGCGCUGCUGACACAGCGCCAACUUGGGGACAACAAUUCAAUGCUACCUCAGGAAUGCAGUUCGACAGUGAAUCAGGACCAAGUGCUUUUAUUAGGGACAUUGAUGAUCCAGAACCUAUCGAUAUAUUCGAAAAAAUAUUUCCAAAAGAGCUAGUUGAGCUAAUCGUUUUCCAAACAAAUUUAUAUGCGACGCAAUCUGGCAAGUCUUUCACUCCAACAACUGACAAUGAAAUACGAACUUUCCUGGGAAUCAACAUUUUGAUGGGUAUAAAGCGUAUGCCAGCAUACAGAGACUACUGGUCUAGUGCCCCAGAACUUCAUGAUCGUUAUAUUGCAUCUCUGAUGGCAGUAAAUCGGUUUGGAUGGUUACUGAGGAACAUUCAUCUGAAUGAUAACACAUUGCAUCCAGAAAAAGGACACCCAGGUUAUGACAAACUGUACAAGCUGCGACCAGUGAUCAAGAUACUAUCUGAAUCUUUUUCCAAGUGUUACCAACCCAGCAAACACCUAGCAAUUGAUGAGUCAAUGAUCAAAUUCAAAGGCCGCAACAGUAUGAAACAAUACAUGAGAGAUAAACCCAUAAAGCGUGGUUACAAAGUGUGGAUGCUGUGUGACAAGACCUCUUACAACUUGAAAUUUGAUAUUUACACCGGAAAAGUAGGUGACACAGUGCAAACAGGCCUUGGGGAGCAUGUAGUGCUGAGUUUGUCCUCUGAACUCGUAAAUAAAGGCCAUUAUCUUUAUUUCGACAACUAUUUCAAUAGCUAUAACUUGUUGGCUGGUUUACAGCAGAGAAACAUAUAUGCCUGUGGGACAGUUCAACCAACAAGGAAACAUUUACCCAAAUUAAAAACAGACAAAGAAUUAAGCAGAGGUGAAUUUGACUGGAGGGUCAGCAACUGUGGCAUCCUCUACUUGAAGUGGAAAGAUAAGAGAGCUGUUCAUCUCCUUUCAAAUUUUCACAGUCCUGAAGUUACUACAGUGACUCGCCGUGAAAGAGAUGGUUCACGCAUAGAGCUACCUUGUCCUCAAGCAGUGAUGGAUUACAAUGCACACAUGAACAAUGUCGACAAGUUCGACCAACUGAAAAAAUCAUAUGAAAUAAGCCGGAGAAAUUAUACUAAUUCCCGAGCGGCGCGGCGGAGAAAAGCCCCGCGGGAGGGCGACAUUCGCGGCCCCUCCCCCGCCCGCCGCCCCCGCAGCGGGUGCGUGCAGCGCGUGCGGGGCGUGAGGACGCAUGCCGCCGCCGCCGCCGCCGCCGCCGCCGCCGCCCGCGCACCUCGGCCCUGCCCGCCUCCAAUUAGCGCGACGUGCUGGCCGGCCGGCCGCCCCCGCGCCGCGUCACGCGCGCCAGACGUGACUUUGCGGCCGUCUCUCCAGUUGGCGCCCUCGUUAACGAGCCAUUACGGCGGCGACGGCCGAGCGGGGGCGGCGGAGGCGGAGGCGGCAGGGUGUGGGUGA